GCAUUAAGCAGGCCUCAGGUGAGGAAGGGGAAAUUGUUUAACAGCAUCUGAUGACCAAUCAGACAGAAGGAGGAAAGAGAACUACAGAUGGACGAACGGGUGCAAUUGAAAGAGAAGGAGGGAACAGACCUGUGACUUCAUGUGACAUGUGACCUAGACUCCACCAAUGGAAUGGUGGGUUGGGCGAGAAGCAGAAUCGCCGCGGGAGCUGUGACCAGAUGUAAGACUGACAGUCCAUCACCACGCUGAUUACCACGACAAGAGAGAGACACACACCUGAACCUCCAAAACCAGAAGCCAACAGUAUCUGCCAUACUGUCACAGGCUGGAACUACUGGAGUGGUUCAGAGGGUAACGCUGGUACAGGAUCUGGCCCUUGUGGACAUCACACAUGGCUUCAAACAGCAUCUUUGACUCUUUCACUAACUACUCCACUUUACUCAGAGACCCGACCACCACCAGACGGUUCACACCGCCCUCCACGUCAUUCCCGUGCGGGAAGCUCGGCGGCAGUGACGGCAGCGCGGGCGGCGGCGCGAGCAGCAUGAGCGCUGCGGGUCCUCUGAGGUCGCGGCAUGCGGCGGACACGCGCUCCGUGGUGGACGUGCUGGCAGACCACGCCGGAGAGCUCGUGCGCACCGACAGCCCCAACUUUCUGUGCUCCGUUCUGCCUUCACACUGGCGCUGCAACAAAACUCUUCCCGUGGCCUUCAAGGUGGUGGCUCUCGGUGAUGUCCCCGAUGGUACCCUGGUCACCGUCAUGGCAGGAAACGACGAGAAUUAUUCGGCCGAGCUGAGGAACGCGUCCGCCGUCAUGAAGAACCAGGUGGCCCGUUUCAACGACCUGAGAUUUGUUGGAAGAAGCGGCAGAGGAAAGAGUUUUACUCUGACAAUCACUGUAUUCACUGGACCCCCACAAGUGGCCACAUACCACCGCGCCAUCAAAGUCACAGUGGAUGGGCCACGAGAGCCGAGACGUCACAGAGUGAAGCUUGAGGACACUCAGAAGAUGCAGUUCACCGAUCGGCUGAGUGAGAUGGAGAGGUAUCCGCGCAGCAGCCUAAGGAUGGGCACCGGCAACGGCAUCCACCGCCCCCAGCACCAGGGCCAUUACGGCUCGUCUACUGCCACCCAGAUACCAGGACUAUGGCCUGAGCAGAUCGACCCGCCUCAAAUCAAACCCUGCAAAGUGGAGGAUGACAUCCGCUGGCCAAGUACGGAUCUGUUCCAGCAGCGCACCACGUUCCCAUCCCUGUCUCCUCUCACAGCGCCACGCUUCUCUGAUCCUCAUAUGCACUACCCCGGCCCCUUCACCUACUCCACCAACCCAUCCGGUGCGGGCAUCGGGGGUCUCAGUGUGACAGGUGUUCCUGCCUCCACCCGCUACACAACUUACCUGCCCCCACCAUACCCCGGAAACCAGAACCAGAGCUCACACUUCCAGCCCAACUCAUCCCCCUACCACCUGUACUACGGCACUGGCUCGGGUUCUUACCAGUUCUCCAUGGUUCCUGCAGGUGGCACGGCUGGAAGCACGGUCGGAGAGCGUUCACCCACCCGAAUGCUGACUUCCUGCACGGGAGCAGGUGCAGCUUCGGGGUCAGGAGGUGGAGCCAGUGGUCUAAUUGGCGGCAGUGAUGGCGUGGAGGCUGACGGUAGCCACAGCAACUCGCCAAGUGCCAUGAGCACACCAGGACGAAUGGACGAGUCCGUCUGGAGGCCUUACUGAGAGAAGAGAGAACAACGACAGAAGAGUUGCAUGUUUCAGUCAAGUUUCAUGCCCUCCAUUGAGCAUUGAGUUACUUUCAUUUCUCUCAGAGAUGGUAUCGUUCAGUUGUUUAAAUAUUGUACAGUGUAUCUCACAAGGCUUUGUGUGCUUUAAGACUGAACUGGGCAGUGAAAAAAAAGUUCUUCUGGAAAAAAAAAAGCACAGACUCUAAAAGACUGAUGUUUAGUUUUAUUCUGUAACAAGAGCAGCUGGAUGAUGAUAGCAGGAGUUCAAUGGCCAAGCAAAAAAAAAUUACACUUCAGGAAGUUCAGAGAAUAACCUUUGACCUUUGGCCAGGUCUGGUGAUUAAAGAAAGCCUGAGGACAUGCUGUGUUGGGCCGAAGUGAUUGAUUGAUUGAUCAAUAUGGCUCCAAUCAGCUUUUACCUUUCAACGGUACAGCAUUGAAAUUCAUCGUACAAAAUGAAUGAAAUUUUUUGAUGCUUCUAUUUGUCUAAAGCAAUCAUGAACAAUUUGUUUAUGAACAGUUUUUUUUUAUUAUUACAGUGAUUAUUUUUAAAAUAUUGUUUUUCUUUUCUUUUCUUUUUUUUGGUUUCAAGCCAUUAUUUGUCUAAACUAAGUAAUAUGGUUUGGGCUUCUUUAAUUUAUUUGAGCCAGUUCUGUGAUCAUUCUUAAUGUUUCCGAGUUGGGGAAAAAAAAUUAUCUUUUUGGUUUGUUCGUUUGUUCUGGUUUUUUUGUCUUUUUCUUUGUUUUUCAUUUCUAUGAUUUAAUAUAAAAUUGCAAGUCAUGCUACUGUAAUAUAUUAUUUCUAAAUUAUGAAAUUUUAAGUGUAAUGUAUUUUUUCCAAUGUAGCUCCAAUGCACUAAAAUGUUAUAUCUAAAAAAAAAAAGCACCCAAAAACAAAAUGACGAGGAAUCCUAUCCAUGAAAAACAAGUCCAAAGAGGUCAAAUUUCAUCGUAAUAACUCAUAAUCGAAUAUACUUCAAGGCACGAUGGCUCGCUUUCCUUUUGUUGCCCAAAGUGUUAUAUUUUAUGAUGUCACCUCAGCCUCAUCAAGAAUGAAGAACACACGUAGCUUUAAGCGCCUUCAUUAUCCGUCUUUCCUCACAUCAAUGAGGUGACUGAAAUGGUAGAUGAACUACAUAUGAAAUGGAUCGUCUCUCAUUAUUUCAAUGACAAAACCAUGCACAAGCUCGCACAUUGGAGCUAAAGUGGCCAGCAAUCUGUCCCUCCCUUCCUUUCAGGUGUGUGUGUGUGUGUGUGUGUGUGUGUGUGUGUGUGGUGCACAAUAGAUCAGCAGCCAGAGGCCUUUCCCAGCCGCUCAUACUCUGCCACACCUGCUCUCUGUACCUAAAGGGAGAACGGGGACGAAAAAAGAGAGAGUGUGUGUCAAGGAGUGUGGGAGUGAGAUCAUCUUUCAGCGACCGCCAGCCAUUAUUCUUUAGGCCACUGGUUCUCCUAAUGCCUCCUUCUUUGUUCACUCUGCUCCAAAGCCACUUUGAAGCCUUUGUGAUAGCACUUCGUCUUUUUUUCUUUUGUCGUUCGUACAUAAUUAACGUCCUGAGCCAGAGGCCAUGGCUGACAUUGAGCGGGUGAGUGUAUGAGAACAGAGGAAGGAGAAUGCCGUUGUUCCACAAAAUAAAAGAAAGCAAACUGCAUCCAACUCUGCUAUAUGGAUUAACUUUGUCUCUGGGAUUAUCGUGUUGAAGACGAUUCCACGUUUCCAGAUUUAGGAUUGCGAUCUUUGCGAACGACAAUCCAGUCCAUUUGACUCAGGAAACAACUAUGACACACACACUAUGCCUUAUAACGCUUUAUGACAGUGACAUAUUUAAUGUAGAACAAAAGCACAAUCAAACUUCUUUUCAGUUGCAUCUGCAAAGUGGACAUCCAUCCAUCCAUCCAUCCAUCCAUCCAUCCAAACUUUUUGCUUCGUGAAAUGACCAAAGCUACGUGUUUAUUAUUAACUCGAGGCAUUUUGUAGUUUUCAUGACUGGUCUGUUGACAUGCAUGCCCAAAGAGCUGAAGAAAAUAGGACUAAUAGUUUCAAAUCGAGCCGUACAAACAAUUGCGUUAUAUGUGUGUUGAGUGUAACACCAAGAGCUCAGCGGCUCCUUUCCUAAAGAACAAAUAGUGUUUUUUCCAUUCAUUCACUGUAUAUUGUAAUUUUUGUCUCUGUACCGUGCUCUGCUAUAGUCUACCUUCAUUGUGUGCAAACAAUGUAGUUUUUGAUGCAUUUUAAUUAAAAAAAAAGUCAUGUCUUGUGUUUU